GCUCCAUCAUAUCCUACGAAUCUCGGCAUCAUUAAGUGACCCUGGGCUUUUCAUACUCCUGUCCAACAUCGUUCCCACAGCUUCAUUAUGUCCGUAACCACAACCUCGAACGCACAAACCUACAACCUCCGCACCGUGCUCGCAGACUACUCCAUCCACCACACACCUGAAACUGACCCGCUCGAUACCAGCCUCAAUACGCACCCGUCGCCAUCGUCCGCCCAGCAGAACCCACCCCACUGGCCGACCGACCAGCGCCGCGUACCGUCAUACCGCCCUGUUAAUACGCAACUCGAUCAGAGUCAGAGAAGGGUGUUCAUGAAUGGGGCUGAGAGAGCAUUCGUGAACGUCAUGUUUAGUGGCGUCCUUCUUGAGGCGACCGCUGCGAAAGUUUGGAGAGCUACCGCUGGGAGGAUGUGGGAUGUUAGGUAUAAUAUCGGAGGAGAAUGGUGAAGGAAGGUGCAGGUUAUGAAGUAGUUAGGCGGUGUCGCGCCUUCGGUAGAGCAUACGUAGGAAUAUUGCAGCAAUACGCUAC